AUGUCAGCUGAAUUCGCUAGCAACAUCCAGGACAAGGCGUUUGCCUUUAUCAACAGUAUUGAUAAGGAACUUGACAAGUACCCUGCAUUGAAGAAGCUCGAAGCCAAAACUGGUGUCCCCAAGUCUUAUGGCACUCUUGGUUUUGUCUUUGUCUACUUUUUCCUCAUCUUUUUAAAUCUCGGCGGAAUUGGCCAGCUUUUGGCAAACUUUGCCUCUCUUGUCAUCCCCGGAUACUACUCUCUUGUUGCCCUUGAAUCAAGAACUACUGAAGAUGAUACUCAGUACCUGACUUAUUGGGUCGUCUUUGCUGCCUUUUCUGUCAUUGAGUUUUGGAGCAAGACCAUUCUCUACUGGAUCCCCUUCUACUGGGUCUUUAAGACUGUCUUCUUCCUCUACAUUGGCCUCCCCCAGUAUGCCGGUUCCAAGUACAUCUACUUGAACUUUCUCCGCCCUGUCUCGGUCAAGUUCCUUGGUAUCACUGGCAAGCCCGUUCCUGUCUCAUCUGCUGCUUCUACCUACUCUGAAGCCCCUGCUGCUGCCUUUUCUUCUACCUCUGCCCACCUCAGAGAAAAGAUUGAUGAAGUCACUAACGACAUUGGCUCUUCAACUAGCGUCGCUAUCUAA